UCUUCACCCUCCCUACCCUAUAUAUGUGUUCCUCCUCAUUUCACUCUCUCCCUUUCUCACCUUUUUUCUUCCUCUCAAACGCAAUUACUCUCUCAAUCACAACCAACACCAUCGCCAAAAGGGUUUCAGAAAAAGCCAUUCUUUUUUCACUUUCACUUCAGGUUGAAAUAAGUGGUUUGUCAUAAUCAAGAUGUCAUCUCCAAGCAAGAGAAGAGAAAUGGAUGUAAUGAAAUUGAUGAUGAGUGAUUAUACAGUGGAGACGAUAAAUGAUGGACUCAGUGAAUUCAAUGUGGAGUUUCAUGGCCCAAAAGAAAGCCUUUAUGAAGGUGGAGUCUGGAAAGUUCGUGUUGAGCUUCCUGAUGCAUAUCCCUUCAAAUCUCCCUCUAUCGGCUUUGUGAACAAAAUAUUCCACCCAAAUGUUGAUGAGUUGUCUGGCUCUGUGUGCUUGGAUGUCAUUAACCAAAAUUGGAGUCCAAUGUUCGAUCUUCUAAAUGUGUUUGAAGUUUUUCUUCCACAACUCUUGCUUUACCCGAAUGCUUCAGAUCCUCUCAAUGGUGAUGCAGCAUCGUUGAUGAUGAAGGACAAAAAGCUGUACGACCAAAAAGUUAAAGAGUACUGUGAGCGGUAUGCUAAGAAGGAAAACAUUGCCAAUUCUACUGCUGAUGAUGAGAGUGAAGAUGAGGAGGACAUCAGUGAAGAAGAAGAAAGACAAUCCAGUGAUGAUGAAAUUCCAGGUCAUGCUGAUCCUUAAAUGGGUUUUGGAUUUAUACCUCUUGAAAGGUCUCCUUGUAGUAAUGUCAAUCAGCACUAUUACAUAUUUACUUGUUCAAUUCUAAGACUUAGGAUUAUUAUUUAUACUAUUUUUUCUGCCUGUAAAAUUUCAACUUUUAUUCACGAGUAAUUCCGUGCAUAGCUAUGAAACAAUAUAUAGUUAGGUUUUAAACUUUUUUAGUGUAUUUUACAUUGUCAUUCAGUGUUCGAGGAAACAAGAAAUGUGAUAGAUGCCUAUUGAAAA